UUCUCCUCCCGUCUUCCAUCUCAUCACAAAGGAUUCUCCUGAUGGGAUCCUUACAGAAAUCAAAUGGUGGGAUGGGAAGUUUAGCAUUGUUAGAGACAUCGUGUGGCUACUUACUACAAGAAUUACAGAUUAUAUGGGAUGAAGUCGGAGAAGACAAAUUUGAGCGGGAAAAGGUUCUGCUUGAACUUGAACAGGAAUGUGUCGAGAUUUAUAGAAGAAAAGUUGACACAGCUAACAUUUCACGAGCUCGGCUACAUCAGCAGCUUGCAGAGUCCGAGGCUGAGUUUACUCAUCUCCUCCUCUCACUUGGAGAAAGAUCACUGCCAGGAAGGCCAGAGAAAAUGGCAGGAACGCUUAAAGAGCAGCUAAAUUCUAUAACACCAGCACUAAGAGAGAUGCAGUUAAGGAAAGAAGAUCGGGUGAAGCAAUUUCGAGUAGUACAAGGGCAGAUUCAUAAAAUUUCUGCAGAAAUUGCAGGUCAGACAGAGUAUAAUGAUUCAACAUCACCAGUUUGUGUCAAUGAAAAUGAUCUAUCACUUAAGAAACUCGAGGAGUUCCAAAAUGAGCUUCUGAGACUUCACAGUGAAAAGAGUGACAGACUUCAGAGGAUGGAAAACUACAUUAGCACAAUAAAAAACUUGUCAGCCACUUUAGGAAUGGAUUCUUCAUUGAUCAUAACAAAGGUGCAUCCAAGCUUGAAUGAAUUAUCAGGAUUGUCAAAGAACAUCAGUGACGGUAUCCUGGAAAAGCUUGAUAGCACAGUGAAAUCACUUCAAACAGAAAAACAAACACGAUUUGACAAGCUGCAACAACUUGGUAAAGCAUUGUCUGAUUUGUGGAAUCUCAUGGAUACACCCUAUAAAGACCGUCAAGAAUAUCUACAAGUUGCCAAUCUAUCAUCUAUGCCAUCAACAGAUAUAUCCACUCCUGGAAGCCUUACUCUGGACUUGGUGCAGCAGGCUGAGACUGAAGUGAAGAGACUGGAUCAGUUGAAAGCAAGCAAGAUGAAAGAGUUUUUCUUCAAGAAACAAAUAGAGCUUGAGGAUAUAUGCAGAAGAACACACAUGGAAAUACCAUCACGAUCAGAGAUGGAAAAAAUAAUCAACCAAAUAGACUCUGGUUAGACUAAAUCUUUUGAACGAAGAAAUCCUAGUUAUU